AUGGCUUACAGUCCCAGUAAACUUCUUCUUAUCGGUGAUUCUGGCGUUGGUAAAUCCUGUCUCCUUCUCCGCUUCUGUGACGAUGCAUGGACGCCAUCAUUCAUCACAACGAUUGGUAUCGAUUUCAAGAUCAGAACGAUAGAAUUGGAUGGGAAGAGAAUUAAGUUACAGAUUUGGGAUACUGCCGGUCAAGAGCGCUUUAGAACUAUCACUACCGCUUAUUAUAGAGGCGCAAUGGGUAUUUUACUCGUUUAUGACGUUACAGACGAGCGCAGCUUCAACAACGUUAGAACUUGGCAUUCAAAUGUCGUUCAAUACGCUUCUGAAGGCGUUAAUAAGAUAUUAGUUGGUAAUAAAUGCGAUUGGGAUGAGAAGCGCGCUAUUUCUCAAGACCAGGGCAAAGAAUUGGCUGAUAGCUUGGAAAUUAAGUUCAUUGAAACAUCCGCAAAGAAUAACAUCGGCGUUGAAGACGCUUUCUUUAGCUUAGCACGUGAUAUCAAGUCAAGACUCAUCGACAGCCAGUCUUCAAACUCCAAUAACAAUUCCUCAAACGUCAAAGUCGACGCAAAUCAAAAUCAACCCGCUACCUCUGGUGGUUGUUGCUAA